AUGUUCACCACCAAGACCAUCCUCGCCCUCUCCGCCGUGGCGAUCACUACCUUCGCAGCACCAGCACCAGUUCUCACCACCCAGACAAUCACUGCAACGCACGACUUCGGCGCUGGCCCAACAGCGUUCAGCUGGACCACAAUUUUCACCGUCACCCCAGCUGGCGGUGUUGCUCCAACUCCAAUUCUAGCCAAGCAAACGGUUGGCGAACCAGUCAAGCCUGAGGAGACAACGGUCGUGGGUGCUCCAGUCAAGGUUGAGCCAACUCCCAUCGUGGUUCCAUCACCAAGCAAGCCGACUGAGCACUUGACGACUCAGACUAUUACUGCUACUGCGGACUUUGGUGCUGGUCGUGUGCCGUUUACGUGGACUACGACUUUCCCUGUUGCGCCUACUCCUCUGCAUGUCGCAUAA